UUCAGGGUUGGUCUGAGGUCUCUCGUGGAACAAGCCAUCGGCACACAGUCCAAGGGAGCCGCUUCCUUGAGCGACGCCAUCCAACAAUCCUGUGUGUGGUAUCUUUUAUCUGUUCAGGAGAAGGCCACCCUGAACGCCAAGUUCAGCGGAUAGCUGAGCGCGCCCCAAUCACCGAGCACCAUACGUCUUGACGAGGAGGGAACCAUUUCGGUUCUCCAUCGUCCAUUUCGGUGACCAAGACGGCAGCAUUUACUUUCGCUAGGCGAUGGAGAGGACCAGGGGGGCUUGUUUUAGUUCACGUCUGGAAGGAUACGAUCACGAAGGCAGGACGCAAGCCGCACAUACUUCACACCAGGUUUUAGAUGUUAGGUCAAGGCAUAUGGUCAAACGUUUUUCCUUUAGAAAUUAUUAUUAUUAUUAUUAUUACUAUUAGUCCUUUUUUAAUAAAUUAAGUUGAAAAAAUCCAACACAAAUUUUCUUACCAAUCAUAACGAAGAAUAUUAAUCAAUAUAAUAACAGGGGACGGAUUUUCUUGUACAAUACUGCUGCUUUUUCACCUGCUUGCACUUCCUUUUUAUUUGAUUUUUGAAUUCUGCACGAAUGGAAUUAUUUCCAUUUUUUUCCUAUUUGAUUUGAUCACAAUUUGUCUCAUUGAGUUCCAGAAAGCACUUUGUGAUGAGAAAUUUGAAUAUGACAUAAUUAUUGUACAUUGUCAAGGUGUUUUGAUUUCCACGCUUAGAGGAAGUUCAUGGCAUCUUUUUUUUCAAGAAUUAAGGUCAACCACCCAUCUUUUGUACAUUCCAUCCAACGAGUGUGGAAACGUUUUUGUAAACACCGAGUGAAAUCAUCCUCCCCUAAGUUUUCAACAGUCGAUCAAAUUUUUUUCACUACAAAAAGAAUUAUAUUUUUGUUUGAUCCGUUGCAUAUUUUGUAUCAUGCAUUGGAGUUUGCAAUCAUGCCUACUCUUUUUUCUAAGCAUAAUUCCAAGUUUUCAUUGUACAUUCCCGCGCAAAUUAACGCAUACAUUUUGUCCAGAAAUCAAGUCCCCCUUUGAGAGUGACAUGUGUACCAUCAAGGGUCUGAAAUGUUCUGCGCUUAGAAAUGACUUUUGUUAGAGACAGACUUUAGUUUGUAGCCCACUACUGUUUAGUUCGCCGGUGUAGCUCCUUUCUAUGUUUCCUGUUCUCAACAUAGCUCGACUGAAUGACUAGAGUGAAUGGACUGCAAAUAUCAUAAAAUGAUCUGUCACGGAAAACCAACAAACAAACUACAACUAAGAAAAAGCAAAUACUCCAAUUCAACGUGUCCUCCGUCUUGUAAGAACUGUCUUUCGGUUGGGAUUACAUCAACACUAUGCAAGUUAAUGCUGCAGAAAUCAAAAAAGAAAAAUACGAAAUAUAAAAAAAUAUAUAUAACAAAGUUGUUCUAUUGGUAAAAAAGAGAAAAUGUAAAAAGACAAAAUGUUCGUUGUUAGUGCUGUCAGUUUUAAAAGGUUGUGAGAUAUGAAUCUGUACUGAUGAGAUUAUUUUUGAUAUUGCAUAAAAAAUAGAUAUAUUAAACUCUUUUAUUCCAAAAA